AUGCCAGUGCUCAAACAUGUCUCGCCAACAGCGACUUAUUCGCGAAUUCUCAAGAAGAUCGGCCUCGAUCUCAACGAAGCCGCGAAGAUGUCCAUGGCGGAUAUCAAGCCCAAGGUCUAUGGAUUGAAGGAUGAGGAUAUGGAAGCGCAAUUUGAGUUUAUUGAACAGCAACAGCAGUUCUGCGAGCAACAAGGCGAAGAUGUCACUUUCACGACCGAGCCCGUCGCCGAGUUCCAGACCGAUCGUGCUUCCUCCUCCACCGUCUCCUUCGAUUCGGGUUACUGUGGUCGUUCCUCUGGAAUUUCCGAGCCAACUGCUCUUGAUUUUCAAGGAAGAAAUCUGCUCUUUCCGAAUUUUUCCGCUGAAAAACGCCGCUCAGUCGCUGCUUUUCCGAUUCAAUUCCAAAAGACGCUUUCAAAACUCUCCCAAAGCACCAUUUCCACCCUUCAACGAGAGAACCUCGUUUCCGAACAAGUUUUUGCCAGAAUUUCUGACCGAGAGCUUGAAGAACUCGAGAUUCCUGAGGGCGAUGUUACUGCGCUCAAAUGCAUGGUUGUUCAAGCGCGGCUACAUGCGGCUAGACAGUACAAAUUGGAGAAACAGCCGCUCAUGAUGCCGGAAAAUGUAAUCACGAAAGCGCUGCCGAUUUCCUCGAAAGUUACCCUCAAGGCCCUGAAAAAGCACAAAAUGCUGAACCUGAACCUCUACACAACCUGCCCAGUCGAAGAAAUCACCGCCAUCUUCGCCCGCUACCCCGCAAUUCCGAAAGAAGAUCGACAGAACAUCCUCGGCGGCGUCGCCCUCGCUCGAUACGCUCAAAAAUUGGCUCCAACUAGAGCCUAA